GCCUUAAGCUAAAAUUUAAAAUAAUUUUAUAAAAACAAUGGCUGGAGUUGUGCUGGACUUUGCAAUUGAUGAGACUGCACCAGAUGCUGAAUUGGACGAAAUUAGAAAGGGAGUUUCUAAAAGGGGGAAUCUUUGGGAGAAUUUUCACUACAGAGCUGACAAUUUUCGACUUUGGCUUUCUACAAGAUGUUGUACUUGUCUCUCUUUUGUUCCGUCGUUGGCGUUGGUUGUGAUUGCUGCUGUGCUGAUAAUGCUGCUCAUUGCGACAAUUCCUCUGGCAUUUGGGCGUCGUUGUGACGGAAGAAUCGUCGAUGUGACUGACAUCCAGAUUGUGAGGAUGGAAGCGAUGAAAUUGACUGUCAAGAAUGUCAAACGACGCUUUCUUGCCCAGCAUCAAUCUUUUCCACGAUUGGGUCUUUUCCACGAUUGGUCAUAUGCAUGUGAUGGCCUUCUCUAA